GAGAGAGAGAGAGAGAGAGAGAGAGAGAGAGAGAGAGAGAGAGAGAGAGAGAGAGAUGGAAGAGAGAGAAGAGAAUGUGGGCAUGAAAUCCUUGAGUAAAUCAGGUAGUAGUCCUCCUCCUUCAGGUUCAAAUCCACGGUGGAUGCAACAUUACUGGCCGUCGGUGAAGCCAUUUGUGUACGGUGGAGCUGCUGGGUUUUUUACAAGUUUCCUCGCUUUUGCCAGUUCGGCCACCCUCUUCUAUUCCCCAUCUCCAGACAUUGUCGCUCGCUUUCAAAACACUCCCACAUUCCAUUUGUUUUCCAAAGAAAACAUCAAGAUUAUUCCUCGUGUGAUUUUGGCUAAUACUUUCAUUGCGUCUCAACUACUUGGAUUAUUCGAGAUUCUGAGAAGGAAAGCAAUUUCUACGAACGAUGGAAUGCCACCAAUGUUACAUCAGGAAGCUGCUUGUGGGCUGGCUGCUGGAGCAGUUGCAGCAUGUAUUAGGGUUCCAUUGUAUUUGCAUGUAGGAUACUAUAGAGCUAAAAUUGGAUCACCUAACUUUUUUGCAAAGCCUUGGACAUUGGCAGAUUUAGCUAGGUACCCAAAAAUAUGGACAAAAGGAAUGGGUCCUUAUGUGAGGUCAAGAACCAGCUUAGACUUCGGUAUGCUUGCCUCCUAUAAUCCAAGUCUCCGUUAUCUCAAGGAAUCCUGUGGUUUCAGCCAAUCUGACGCACAAUUCGGUGCUAGUGUUAUAUCAGGUUUGUGUGCUGCAGCAUGCGAAUCAGCGUUUCGAAAUGUUAGCUCCCUGGAUUCCGCACUUAAACUUCUAAAAUCAAGAGGACCCCUUGCAUUCUGUACUGGGAUUCCUUCUUCUUUAGUCAUUUAUGCACCUAAUGUCAUGGUAACAUGGGCUGUUUUAGAAGAAAUCAGGAAACAAGGAAAGUCAAUAGGAGGAUAGAUAUUCUAGUCAAGUUCCUAAAAUGAUGAGAUCUGAAGUUGGUUUGGCCAUAUUGUAUCUGCAGACACUGCUUCUUGAACGCAUUCAGAUUUGAAAACUGAUUGGAUUUUUGAAUAUUAUUGUAUUAAUUAGGUGGAAGCAUAACUUCUGUUAAAUUAAUGGUACUUCUACAUUAUAUAUGUAUGGCUAUAUAUAUCUUUUGAACAUGGACAA